AUGAGGUACAAGAGAAUAUACCAAUAUGACCCUGUGUUCGCCCUUGGUUUUGUUACCGUGUUUGAUCAACUCAUCGAGGGAUAUCCUAGUGAUGAGGACCGAGAUGCCAUCUUCCAAGCAUACAUAAGGACAUUGAAGGAGGACCCAGAUCAAUAUAGAAUUGAUGCACAAAAUUUGGAAGAUUGGGCUUGGGCUCAGAUUGGGGGUAUUGAAGGAGAAGUUGAGGGGAUAUUGAAGGACAUCGCAGAAAGAGCUAGGGGUAAGAAGAGUUUCAGCUACAACCGUUUCUUUGCUGGGGAUAUUGAAGGUCAGCUUGAAGGUGCAUAA